UUCGGAUAACAAUGUCUUGGGUCGUGUUGAUUAUUCUAGUUUGUGUAGCCUGUAUGUGGUUAGUGAAUAAAAAGCGAAAAAAUCGAUUAUUUUGGAAACAUGUAAUGGCCAUUCCCGGACCCAAAGGUUUGCCUAUUAUAGGAACAGCCUACAAUUUAGAUUCAUCAGAGCGAGUUUUCCAACGAGACAGAGAGCUAUGUAAUACCUAUUUUCCUAUAUACAAGAAAUAUGCCUUUGGUUUCGCUAUCGUUAACUUAACCACUCCAGAGGAUAUACAGCUUGUUUUAUCAAACUCAAAACAUAACCAGAAAGGUAUAUUUUAUCGAAUGCUCGAAGACUGGAUUGGGCUUGGAGUUUUAACGAGUAAUGGUGAGAUGUGGCACAGAAGACGAAAAUUAUUGACUCCUGCCUUUCACUUUAAAAUAUUAGAAGAUUUUUUACAUAUUUUUAACAAAGAAACGAAACAGCUCGUCCAAUACUUCAAAGAGAACUGUGAUAAACCUUAUAUUGAUGUAGUUGAUCCCAUCACAAGAUUUACUUUAUUUUCUAUAGGAGAAACAGCAUUUGGUAAAGAUUUCCAAGAAGAUCCUAAAUGUGAAGACUACGUUCAAGCUGUUCAUGACUACGGCGAGGACUUUGUAUAUAGAAUAGUUAGGCCUUGGUUCUUAAUACCGUGGCUAUACAAACUGAGUCCCUCUGGUAGAAGACAUCAACAUGUUUUAAAAAUUCUAAACGAUUUUUCUUCGGUGGUGAUCAGUGAAAGAAGUAAGUCGUUCAAGAUCGACAUAAACUCGAAUGUGUAUGAAUCUAAAAGAAUGAGAUUGCUAGAUUUGAUGCUGUCCACUAAAAUCAAACGGGGAGGGAUAGACGAUGGGGGAAUUAAAGAUGAAGUGAAUGGUUUUAUUUUUGGUGGACAUGAUACCACGGGUACCGCACUUUGUCAUGCUUUGUUGCUGUUGGCUAACGAGCCGUUAGUACAGGAAAAAAUUUAUGAAGAAAUAGUAACCGUAGCAGGAAACACUGAUGAUCCCAAUUUCCCCCAACUGGCACAACUAAGAUAUAUGGACAGAUGCAUAAAGGAAUGCUUGAGGAUAUUUCCCAGUAUUCCGUCUAUUUCCAGAGUGGCAAGGGAAGAUAUAACAACCACUACUGGAUACAUUAUACCAAAGAGGUGCAACAUACGAAUUAAUAUUUUUGAUUUGCAUCGUCGGCCAGAAUUUUGGGAAUAUCCCGAAAGAUUUGACGCGGAUAGAUUUUUACUCGAAAAUGUUUUAAAAAGGCAUCAGUAUUCUUAUAUACCUUUUAGCGCUGGAAGCAGAAACUGUUUAGGACAGAAAUAUGGCCUACUGGAAAUGAAGGCUGCUCUUUAUGGAAUUUUAAGAAGCUUCAAAAUGGAAGCAGUUACCAAACCAUGUGAUAUGCGACACAAAGGGGAUAUAGUAUUACGACAUGCUUGUGAAAUGAGAAUUAAGUUUAUACCAAAAGAUUAAGACAUUUAAUAUAUUUAAUAUAAAAAAUUUAGAUCAAGAAAUGCUGAACUGGCUGUUUUAUAGCCAAUGAAUUUUGUAGUGACUGUAGUGACCAACUUUUAUAGUGUAAAUUGAAUUUAUUUUAUAUUAAUUGAUAAAAUAAUCUGUAAUGCCUAGUUUCACCAACAAAUCUUAAGCUCCAGCUUAGCCCAGCUCAAUUUAUAGAUAGGGCCGCUUUAAGUCUCACUUACACUCAACGAAAAAGGUACGUAAUAUCAAUAAAAAUUUUAAUUCAGACAACAAACGCAAUAUUUAAAAUUUGUCCAAUUCUUGGUUUUAUUGGAACAACAAAGCGAUGUUCAUCAAUUCAAUAUUUUCGUUAGUUGAGCCAAUGUAUUACGUUUAUUGAAUGGAUGAAUAUUCAUUAUGUAUACCAUAAUAUCACUUUAUUGAUAUUACGAACUCUGUUCACUGAGUCAACGAACACUAUUCAUUGAAACAACAAUGUCGUUAAUUGACCGACGAAGACUAUUCGUUGUGCCAAUAACAGUGUUAUUUAUUUCUCCUAACGUAUUUCGUUUAUUUCUACAAUUAAUUCCGUUUUUCAUACAGUUAAUUCCGUUCAUUCCCACAAUAAAUAUGGUUAUUUUUACAAGCAAUUCUAUUCAUUAUUACAAUCAGUUUCGUUCAUUCCUAGUAUAAACGUAUUUUAUAUUAAUAAUUACUGAAUGCAUUAGCCCAAUGUAUGAUAUUGAUUAAUAUUAUUUUUUAAAUCCCCCUUUUUUGUCCUAAACCUAAUAGACUUUACACUGUGUGAUUUCUCAUAUGAUUUCACUUAUACAGUGCGCUGGAAUAAGUGUUACACUCCCCCCUCCCCUUAUUAACUUAUUUAUUUUUGGCACAUAAGCAAAACGCUCGGACAGGUCGAUUUUUAAAAUAUUCAAAGUAUAUUAGAACAUCAAUGUUUCGAACUUUACGCGAUCCCUCUUCAGGUGACAGGCAUAACUUUGUUGUUUUUAAUGGGAAAGUACAUCAUGUGACAGCUCAUUUAAAGGCGUUUGAAAUAGUGAUUCCAAAAAUGUAUAACACUUUAAUACUCUUUGAGAAUGCAGGUGCAAAAUGUCGAUCGAAUUCUUUUUAAACGCAUUCAUUUUUUUUAAUCCUGAGAAAACUAAUAAGUAUUUUUGAAAAAUUUAAACGCAGAAUAAAAUAUUACAUUAUUACCGAGGGCUGAAAGUCCCUUAGAAUAAACAAAAAGUUUCUUUUGAAUGGUAUAUUUGAAAUUAAAAAUCAUACUAAAUUUUCUCUUUUUCACCCCUGUGACUUAUUAAAAUAUUCAUUAUAGAAUUUCUUAGGGACUUCAGACCCUCGAUAAUACUGUAAUAUUUUAUUUUGCGUUUAAAUUUUCAAAAAUAAUAAUUAGUUUUCUCAGGAUUCGAAAAAAAUGAAUACAUUUAAAAAGAAUUCGACCGAAAUUUCACUAUAAUAGACACACGAAAACUUGGACUACUACGAACUACACUUGGAAACGAAAUGAAAUUAUUAUUCGGCACUUCGGUAACACAGAGAAGCUAGGGGUAUCACGAUAAGGAAAAGCGGUUACAUUUCAAAUGGUCAAGCAAAACAUUUAUUGUCUCAAUAACUACGUUUAUUGUCACCACGACCACAUUGAUUGUGGUUAUUAAAUGCAGUAAUAGAUUGCUUAAUGCAUUCAUUGUCACAACAAUCAGUUUAUAUCUAUACAAUAAUCAUAUAUUACUCUAUAUUAACAUUUGUACCAUGUUUUAAUGAAAUCUGUACGUUGUCACGAAAAACCAAGGUAAUUGCUUGUCAUCUACGAAAUCAAGAAAGUGAGUUGCUGCCAGAAUUAACAUUAUUGAUUAAAUAUUCGAAACUUAAUUAUUGGCUGAAUAAAUUGAGUGUUAUUGAUUAAUGUACUCUAGUUGUUUUUACAAUUAUUGUGACAAUAACCAAAUACAUUCGUCAAUGUCUAAAAGUUCGUUGAAACAAAAAAUUAAAUUGUUACAACGAAAUACUAUUCAAUAAUCACUGUUAAUCAAUAAUACGAACUAAAUUUUUUUGAGUGUACGUUACACCAUAAUUUUCGAUUCUUAUCUAAACACGUCUUAACUGAGGCGAAGUUUAAGAGGCAAUCCACGUGGCAAGCCAAAAAUUGAUCUAUGACUCAUUGGUUCAACGCGUAUGUUUCCUAAGCUGAGCUUAAAGCACGCUUUAAUCUUAAGAUCUGUUGGUUAAACCAGGCAUAUAGUUGAGUCCACGAGUCUUUGCCCGUGCGUCAUCAUUUAAAGCAUACGAAAUAAGUCGUUGAUAAGUCGGAAAUUGAAAUUUACUAAACGCAACAGUAAGUGACCAGUAAGUAACUACGGCUCCUAUUCUUCUUAAAGUUCCUAUCCGAUCCGGAUAUUGGCGAUCAUCAUGGCUAUCUUAACUUUGUUUACCGCAGCGCGGAACAGUUUAGUGGUAGUCGUGUUAUACCACUUUCGUAAAUUUUGAAGCCAGAAAAUGCGUCUUCUUCCCGGUCCUCUUUUACCAUUUACCUUCCCUUGGAGAAUUAGUUGGAGAAGGCCGUAACGUUCUUGAUUUCUCAUUACAGGUCCUAAAUAUUCUAAUUUUUUUUGUUGUGAUGGUUAUGAGAAUUUCACACUCUUUCCCCAUUCUACGCAGGACUUCCACAUUAGUAAUUCGGUCAACCCAGGAUAUACGUAAGAUGCCCCUAUAACACCACAUUUCGAAAGCUUCGAGCCGAUUCAUAGAUGCAACAGUUAGUGUCCACGCUUCCAUUCCGUAGAGCAGAACUGUGAAUAUGCAGCAUUUCAACAGACGGUAUUUUGUUUUUAAUGAUGUAUCUCGACUGUUGUAAAUGGGUCUCAUUCUAACGUAUGCUUCUUUCGCUUUUAUUAUUCGCUGUUUAAUUUCUGUUAAGUGGUCCCAUUGGCUAUUUAAAUUCGUGCCCAGAUAUAUAUAUAUAUAUAUAUAUAUAUAUAUAUAUAUAUAUAUAUAUAUAUAUAUAUAUUUCUCAACUCUUUCGAUAUAUUGGUUGAUUGUAAGUUGAGCGUUUAGUAUUGGUUUUUUACUAAUUGUCAUAAAUUUGGUCUUCUUUAUAUGUUUAGAGCUAGUCCGUAUCUGUUGUUGACAUCUGUUAUACGAUUUGUUAAUAUCUGUAAAUCAUUCAGAUUAUCGGCAAAAACUAUAACGUCAUCUGCAUAUCUAAUGUUAUUUAAUCAUUCACCAUUAAUUUAAUACUCCCUUCGCAAAACCGUCUAAAGCUUCCUUAAAUACCCAUUCAGAGUAAAUAUUGAAUAGUAGUGGAGAUAAAAUAGAGCCCUGUCGUACUCCUCGUUCUAUUGCAAUUUUAUCAGUCAACUGGUCUUCUAUUUUGAUUUUGGCCGUUUGAUUGUAAUAAAUGUUUCUAAUAAUUCUCAGAUCUUUGUUGUCAAUUCCAAUUUCUUGCAUUAUAGUUAUUAAUUUUUCAUGUUUUACUCGGUCAAAUUCUUUCUGGUAAUCUAUAUAGCAUACGUAUAUCAUAAUUUACAUAAUUUACAUCCCUGCAUCUCUGAAAUAGCACUUGUACAGCAAAAAGGGCCUCCCGUGUCCCCAGAGCAUCACGAAAUCCGAAUUGUGUUCUUGUUAGUUGUUCCUCGCACUUUGUAUAUAUUCUUUUGUGAAUGACCUUUAGAAAUGUUUUAAGUAAAUGGCUCAUAAGGCUUAUAAUUCUAUAGUUUUCGCACUUUCUCACAUUAGGUUUUUUUGGAAAAUUUAUAAAAUUUGAUUCUAGCCAUUUUUGGGGAAUUAUGCCUGUGUCAUAUAUUUAUAUUUUUAAUAUAAAUAUAUUUGUCAACCAUUUUAUGCCGUCAUAGUCCAUAAGUUUUAAGAAUUCGGAAUGAAAAUGAUCAGGGCCUACUGCUUUACCAUCUUUGGUUCUUUUGAUGGCAUACUUUACUUGUUCAACUGUAAGUGGAGGUCCAGAUUCGCAAUUGGGUUAAAAUUCCUAUUACGGGUUAAAAUUUGAGUUAUCAAAUUUGCGUUUUAUCUCUCCAGGUAUUAAUGACGCACGGGUAAAGAUUCAUGGACUUAACUAUAUAUUAAGUGUUUUAUUUUUGAAAACCAUAAAAUGUAGAAUACAACCACUGCGUAAA